AUGUCCGCCGUCGAAAAAGCAAAGCAAGCCGCCGCAAAGGUCGCCGUGACCAACCACUACCCGAAAGACGCCCGCUGGGUCGGCAUUGGCAGCGGCACGACAAUCGUCUACGUUGUCGAGGCCAUCAAGGCUCUCGGCGUGGACACCUCCGCCACGAAAUACGUCCCGACCGGUUACCAGUCCAAGCAGCUGAUUAUCAAUGCUGGUCUGACGGCUGUGGAGUUCGAUGGCAUUCCCCCGGGAACGAUUCUCGACGUUGCGUUCGACGGCGCGGACGAGGUCGAUGAAGAUUUGAACUGCAUCAAGGGUGGUGGUGCUUGUUUGUUCCAGGAGAAGAUCGUCGCUAUGCAGGCUCGGGAGUUUAUUUGCGUUGCUGACCACCGCAAGCUCCAGCCCCGCCUCCUCACUAACUGGAAGACUAUCCCCAUUGAAGUCGCCCCCAUUGCCGCCCACCGUGUUAUUACCAAGCUGCAGGAACUCGGCAGUAUCGAUCCUAUCAUCCGGCCCUCUGCUAGUGCCAAGGAAGGUCCUCUCAAGACUGAUCAGGGCUUUUUCAUUAUUGAUGCUCCUUUCCCUCCUAUGCUGAUCAAGUCCGAUCUCGCCGCUGGCCAGGAGGGUAACGGCAAGGAGAGCAUCUGGGCUGUUGAUGUUCUCUCUCGCAAGAUCAAGGAGAUUGCUGGUGUGCUUGAGGUCGGUAUCUUCAGUGGCUUGACUGGGCCCGAGGCUUCUGCUGCUGGUGGUAUUGGUGGACAGAGACCUGUUGCAGCUUACUUCGGUAUGGCUGAUGGAUCUGUCUCGGUCCGCAAGGCUCAGUAG